AUGAGCAUCGAUAGUCACCAGAGCAGCGUAUCUCAUGUCUGGUUCUGGACCAUUCUAUUGCUUUGUGGUCUAGGCGGUCGAAUGAUCCGCCGACAACGUACCGGUACAGCUAACCGAUUGGUCCAUGCUCAGCCGGGUCUUCAUGUUCACGCACUUCAAUACAGUCAAAGUUUCGAACAAAAUACUUCUUCAGGGGAGGAUCGGUCUUUGAGGAGUGGGGAAAGCGCAGCAACGCCGGUGACAUCCAAUCUCUCGAAAGCAGAGACGGCCGCAGAUGACAACGCUACUUUAAGCGAAAACGGCAGCACAGGCCAAGCUAGACACGGAAUUGGUCCUCCAACAAGAGACAACAAUGGCCUGGAACCCACUCAAAUGGUACCAGGAGUGGCGGUCCCUGACGCAAUAACAAUUCGCAGCAACGACAUGGAACGUCUUGGGAACGAAGCAUUUUUAGUGCUUGCCACUGAUACACGUACUCCCAGACGAUGCAACGUCGGCAGGGAACAAUAUUACGAGACAGAAGAGGCCGUAGAAACAGCCCCGACAGAGGAGCAAAGAAGCCUUCUCACCGUCAUUGCGCUCCUAGCCCUUUCGGGAGGCGGUGUAUCGGCAAAAGAGAACGUGCGAGGCACUCUGCCCGUAGACAGCCAGAGCUCGGAAACAGAAAAGCUUGACUUGCACGACCAUGCAACUAUAAUCUCGAUGGCCAACGCACAAAGUGAAAGAGACACUACUGAGUCUAGUAUACUUGAAUGUGGGACAUCAAUGCCGGUGAAAGGAAGGGUCCAAUAUAAUUCGGAUGAGGAGCAACAGGAAGUUCUGACUGCCACUAAUGACCAUGGAAAUUUGAUCUGUACGAUGAACAGUCGAAGUGACAACGACAUGGAUACCAGUGGGGGUGACGGCGCGAAUAGCCCAGUUGACACUCUGUUCUUGGCUUCGAGCAUUGAAACAAACCCAUCGGUCGGAAGCACCAAAUAUGACAAUUAUCGUUUUGCUUCUAAUGACGAGGCUGAUAAAUCUUUGACAAGCUGGAGAGGCAGGAAUGCAAGCUACCUUUACGAACUUGAGAAUGAAGUUCUUGAAGCUGGAAAUCGGAUUGACGAAUCAUUAAAGGAAGUCUUGAACAUGUUUGAGGAAUCCCUGAAGCCGCCUAGUGAGGUGUACACGCAAGUUGAAGAGGAAUUGAGUUUUGCUGCAUCGGAUCUGUCGUUACACACGAAUAAGCUGAGUGUCAAGGGUUGCCAUGAAAGUGACACAGAAACUACCGGGCCUGAUGUUUUCUUUGAGUGCAACCCGGCAAUGCAAGGGGAACACGAACCUGCUGCAAUUGAGGCACCCAGUUUGUGGAAUUAUGAGGCAACCGUGUGUAUCUCUGCUCCUGAUACUUGUGACAUGAUACUAACGCUCUUGCGCAUGUCGGUAGCGUUGGCAACCCAGAUUGAUAGGUCAAUGCAAGAAGUAAUGAAUAUGUCUGCCACCCAGUCGCUGAAAGGGGGUGAUAGGCACAGCGAUCGUGAAGAGGACGUGAGCCUUACUGAUUCAUCUCUCUUCUUUCCCACGUUGGGGACACCCCAUCAAAGUGCUCCUGGGCCUGCUUUUGAAGGAGUCCAAUGGUGCAAUGAAGAGCCAGCACCAGUUCGCUCCUUGGCCGUGGGAGGAACUGGAUUCAAAGGAGACGAAUGGGGAGCUAUGACGCAGGGGGCGUACUCGUUUUGCUGCAAUCAAGGAACGGAUGGAACGAGUUACACGGGUGAUGGCAUGACACCUAUUGAUUCCGCACUGUCAUUUGAUGGUGCGGAACAAUUGGCGAUUCAAAAUGUUACGCACUUUUCCUGGGACACAUUUGGAGCGGAAUUUGUUGCACCAGAGUUGGCAAAGGAUUACUCAAACGGCCGUCCGUGGUAUGGCAGCAAAGGUAUCGUAGAGAAAUGGGCAGACUGGAUUGUUCAGCACGCGUAG